CAGGUCCAGUAGAGCAGUAUUGGUCUGCGCGUGUACAGAGGCAUAUCUAUCCUUCUCUCUGUCGCCAUUCUGAUCCAGACCCGGAGCUCAUUUUCUUUCUCGUUUCGUCUUCCUCGCGCUCCGCCUCAGUUGCUGGAUACUAGAACAGCCCUGCCGCAGGAUCCAAAUGCUAAUGAUUAUGCUGCAUCCUUUCUUUAAACAGAUAUUGUUGAGGUGUGUUGGCUUCUUUUUAGCGAUUUCUUGAUUUAUUCCCUGCGUGUUGAUAUUUUGCUCGUUCGCAUAAAGCUGUUUUUGGAAUGCUCUCCCCCUCCCGACCCUAUUUUUUCUCCGUCCCAAUCUCCUGUCGCCUGGCGGCGGCGCAGCGACAGCGGCAUCCGGGCGGCGGAAGCGGCUACAAAUACUAGCGGCGGCGAGCGGGUGCUAGCGCCGCGACGACGAGGUCAAGAACCCGGGCGGUCGUCUCCCCACCACGGGGAAAAGGAGAUGAAGGGGAAAGGGAUCACGCAUCCCGCCUCCGCGUCAUCACCCACCCCUUCAACAUCGUAUUCUCCCCUGGAACUCGCCGGCUGGGUCCGGCGUAACCCGGUUACGGCGGUCGUCCACGAGAAGGACGACCUGCGCCUCCAGAUGUGCCUCCGCCGUGACAUGGAGGCUGGCAUGCUGAUUCUCCUCUCCUCCGGUGCCGGGGACGACCGGCUGCUUCUGCACGCCGAGCCCAAUACGGCGGGUUCACGGAGGCGCCUCACGGGGCUGAUGCGGCGGUUUCUUUCUGGUGUAAUUGAAGGAGAAGAAGGGGUGACCACUCGAAUGAGUGAUAUUUCACAUGGAACGGGGACGAAGGGCAAUAGAGAAUUUAUUAAGAAGCUACCGAAGACACGAUUGAUAUGGAUCUAAUAAUGACAAGAGUAUCUGCAAGCGAAAGACAAAGACAUGAUGGAGAGAAUGCAGAUUGGCUCUCUGUAUGACUGAGGCAAAGAAACCUUACCUCUGUUACCAUCACUAUUUUCCCCUUGGACUGAUCUAAGUGUUUUUUCCUGAUCAUUGUGCAGUUGCUGGAAGAAAUGAGGAAACAAAGCUCCAUGGAAGUUCAUCUGCAUAAUGUAAGUCAUAACUCAUGUUUUGAUUCUGUUUGUCUUGAUUUGGUGGCCUGAUGUAUAUGCCAAUGCAUGCAUAAUCUGCUAUAAUAUUGUUCAUGCCUACAAAUUGCUCAUUAAAAUCGUAAAAAUACUUAAAAAGGUACACUUCUGCUCCAAUCAAAUAUUAUUACCCCGAACCUCUGAUUUCUUAUGCAAUAGUGAACUUGAAUCAUGUAACUCUGGAUAUCCUUAUUGUUGAUUUGCAGCCAUAGAGCUCACUUCCAUCGUGGCUCCUUUCCAAGGUAACUUAAGAGUCCUUUAUUGCCUUUAUAGUUCACCUGUCCAAUGUUCAUUUUAUAUUGGAGUUGAACAAAUCCAACCGAUCAUGCCAUAUUUAUUAGCAAUCUUGAUGAGCCCAAAUCAAACCAAUGCAUACACACCUGACGUAUUUCCUUGCUGUGCAUGUUCAUUUACUAACGCUGAAACAAACUUCAAUAGUUUGAUUGGUGUUAUCAUCCACUCAAUUAAGAAAUUGUUCAAUGUCUUGUUUCCAUGGUUGUUCGUGAGAGAGACAUGGUUACUGAAGGUGGCCAGGACCUUAAUGAGCUCUCAAGUUUCUGCUUGACUUCUACUCGUUCUGUUUUCGAGCAUCAUGAAAUUAUUGGAGAUGUACUUCGUUCACUUCUCUCUUGACAUGGAGUUGACCCUGAUACGUUUUCCCCGAUAUCAUUAUGUGUCGAUAAUCUAUUGGAAAGAUGAGAUGAUAUUCUCAACUGUCCUUUGAUUCUUGAAAUUUUUGAUUCUUGAAAUUUGGAAAAUGAAUUAUAUAUCCAUCUCGCCAUGCACUUUUUGGAAAGCCAAGAUAUGAAAUGCAGAAAAACAUGCUUAAAUGUUGGUUUGUUUAUUAAAAGAAGAUUUGGUCCUGCACGCCUACAAGAUUUAUUCAUGGCCUGAUAUUCACCAUCUGAAAGGUCACAGACGAGCCAAUUAUUAAACCCAACAACGACUAAAUAUAUGAUGCAGAGAGGAAGGAGUGUGUACGACAUACUGUAUAGUGUAUACUGAAGGGUCUGUAUCUUUUUGCAAGCUUGCAUGCUUAAUCUCUUUUCGGUCUUGUUUUCUUCCGUUACUGUUUCGAAGAUAUGUUCAACAAGUUUAUCAAAUAUAAACAUGGACAAAUUCUUUUGAAAUGUAA